UUUUUUUAAAUUUCGCUUGCUUUUGAGAAAGAAAAAAUAUUAUAAUAUAGUGUUUGAUUUAUACGGAAACAUUUAAAAAUGUUAAAAUGUAUACUUUUGGCUCUUGCAUUUACGCAUUUGUCUCAAACCAACUUUUUAGAUAGCGGUCCAUUGGACUGGACUUGCAUGUCAUGGCUUGCCGGUUCACGGAACAGGCCGUCAGUUCAAGAUUCUACUUUUUAUAACUUGGUGCACAAUAUUCCUUCUACAAGAAAUGCAGAUUUACACUUCUCAUUAUCGCGACAUCACAUAAUACCUUAUAAAGUGUUAUAUAAAUUUUUUAAUACCGUAUUGGAGUUGGGUGAAUCUAACUCAAGAAUUCAUUUUUUGCUUGGGCAAUUCUUGUCGAAUCUACUUGUCGAUUUAAUGGUUCGCGCUCCCGGCGCUCAAGAUCAGACGGAAACCGAAGUUUUACAAUCCAUUCGCAAUUUAUUUCAAGGCUUUGAUGGUGCUGGAUUUGGUGAUACAGUGCAGGGAGAAAUCCGAACAUUUCGUUUACCGAACUUUCAAGAAAACAUAGUGGCAUUCCGUCAUCUACCGCUCACCGAGCUAACAAAUACACAACUCGUAAGGAAUAUUGCUCAGGUCAGAAUUCAAAUGACACUCCAAUCUCUAUUGACAUGGAUGCCAUUUAAUUAUUUUGAGGGGCCCAGUGGAAUGUAUCGUACCGACGAACCCGGUCCAAAUUUUGAAGAUAAUGCGUAUGUAAUAAUCGGUGAAGAAAAUUCGGUUCGACUACAUGACGCAUACGAAACAAUGAUUGCAAUUGAUGAAAUACGGACGCAGCAUCCGACAAUUAUUCCGUUGCAAUCUAUACAAUUUGUAUUUGACAAUUUAAAUGUAGUUCGAGGAAACGCACCUAACGGAUAUGGGCAAUUUAACCUGGGAUAUUGGGAAGAACUCGAACCGGUUGAAAAGAAAAAAGGUAAAUUGGAAUGUCAAUUCAAAAUCCAAACAACAAGACCAACAACCACGCCACCGCCCCAUCACAAUCACCGACCUCAUGAGGAAUUCCGUCGAAAAAACAAAGUUUCUUCAGGAACGAACAGCUUAGACCCGCUUUGUUUAAAUACAACGUUUGAGGCUAUCAAACUUUAUACUGAUAAUUUAUAUUUAGCCUCUAAACCUGGUAAAGUGCCCAAUGUACAUCAAUACAUAUGUAGAGGAAUAUGGGAGAGCUAUUUAGCAGCUUUUGGUAUAUCGCAAUGUCUUCCGUAAUACUAUAAUUUUUUGAAUCACCAUAUAUGGCACGUGAAUUAAAACUUUUCUUCUUUCAAAAUCCGUAAAUUUUUUUUAAAAAAUCCUUAGUUAGUAAAAAUAUAUGAAAAGAAAUUGAAUUGGACGUUCUCGCUUUUUGAACAUAUAUAAACUGGUUGGUAGUUAGCUAUGGAAAUUAGUUAUGGGUUGCAACGUAUUACAUUCGCAAUUAGAUUUUUAGAAAAAUUUAUUGAACAACGAAUCUCUUAGAACUACAAUCGGAUUCUUAAAUCUCAUGUUGUGCUUUUAAAUUCAACGAAACUAUCAACUAUUGAUCAUUUUAAACACAAUCAAAAUAGUUUUCUGCUCAUUUUAAUUAACAUUUUAUACUUAAUCAUCAUGUUUUAGACAUUUAUUAAACACUAGGCAAACAAACUUAAGUUUUUAAGAUGAAUUCAUUUUUUUUCUUUUCAUGUGUUCAC